AUGUGGAAAAGCACUUGCCCAGCCAGUGGGAUGAAGAGCUGGUACCCACACAAGCUCUACGAGGCUGAGCCCGCCCUGCCCUGCCCUGCCCUGCACACACCCUCCUGCGGGCUUCAUGGAGGAAAUGGCCCUUCAUCAGGUCCUUCCAAGAUCCCGGUUCAGGCUGUGGAGUCGCCUCGCAGCGGCGAGCGGCGGGCGCCCAGCUCGCAGUCCUGGUUUAGAACUGAGCCGCGUAAGUGCGCGUCCUGGAAGCCCGGCCCCGGAGCGGCGAGCCCGGGUCUGAGCCCGGAGCGCAGCGGGCCGGCGCCGCGGCCUGAUUCAGGACCGAGCCGAGGCGCGGAGCCGGAGAGCCGGGCGGGCGGGCCGGCGCAGCGUCCGGGCGAGGCAGGGAGCAGGACCGCGGGAGGCAGGGAGACGGCCGCGGGCAGAGGGCAGAGGGCAGAGUGCACAGAGCGGCCUUGCUCGGAGCAGGGCGCCGCCCGGGACGGCGGGCCGCUGUGGGGCGCAGACCCAGGGUGGCCCCGAGCCCGGAGCGGCUCCCGGGCCGACGGCGGGGGGCGUGCCUCCCCCAGCCCGGCCGCCCCAGCUUGCUGCGUGGCCGGGCAUGUGAGCGGGAACCCCGGGCUGCCGGCCGCGAGGACCUGCACGGAGGAGCAGGAGCGCGGAGCCGCGAGCGCCGAGCCCGGCACCGGGCUGAGUAGCUUUAUACGCCCAGGCCGAGGAUUUCCCAGCAGGAAUCCGAGAGGACCUGUGCGCGCCCAGCGUGGGGCUCGGGUACCCGCGCUGAGACGCAGAUCCACCCGCCGCCCUGGUUGUGCGGGGUGCCGGGGGCCAGCGUCGCGGUCCUUUCCAUCCCUCCAGGUUCGUCCCCAGCGGACCAGCCGGGCGCUGCAGCCUGUUUGUUUUGAGCUGCGGCUGCUCCUGUUUCAGCGCCCCCCGCCCCCCACCUCCCCGCCUUCGGAUGGCGGAGGUGAAUCUUUUCAUCCCUAUUUCACUGCUGAAGGAAAUCGUGCCUGGGGCCAGGGCGGUGGGGAGGGGGCUUGCCGCUGUGUUCCCAGCGCUCGCCAUUGUUUUCCCACCCCGAGCAUUCGUACGUAAACACACACAUACACA